AUGGAAGGAGUAGUUGAACAGAGAGUAAAAGCAAAAAGAAGGAAGGUGACAAACAGAGUUGUGUUUGAUAAAACCUCCAAGAAAAUAGUGUGGGAAACAGGCCUCCAAUUUGAAAGUGUUAAUGAAUUUAGAACCGCAGUUACCAAGUAUGCAGUCCAUGAGCAUGUUGCAAUUGAAAAAUAUAUUAAUGAACCUACAAGGGUAAGGGUUAGGUGUGUAGAGGGUUGUCCUUGGCUUUUAUUUGCUAGUCUUGACUCUAGGACUAACAACUUUGUGGUGAAGAACUAUAAUCCAAUUCACAAGUGUGACCCUACCAAUAGGAACAAGCUUUGCAAUACCAAAUUCUUAUCUAGUCACUAUAAUGAGAGAAUAAAGGAACAACCAAACAUUAGGAUUUUUGAGUUUCAGCAGCUCAUUAAGAAGGAGUUGGAUCUAUAUGUUGGUAGAACUGUGUGUAGAAGAGCAAGAAACAAGGUUUUAGCUGAGUUGAUGGGUGACCAUGUUUUGGAGUUUGGGAGGAUUUUAGAUUAUAGGGAUGAGUUGUUAAGAUCAAAUCCAGGUAGUACCUGUGUAGUUAGGCUUAGUGAUGAGACAUUUGAAGGGAAUCUCAAAAGGUCAAUUACUUGUUUUGUUUGUAAAGAUGGAAACAAUCGGAUGAUGCCAGCUUUGGCACAGGCAGUAGUUGAGGUUGAGAACAAGCACAAUUGGACUUGGUUUAUUAGAAUUUUAAAGGAAGAUCUUCAGCUGGGAGAUGGGACAGACAUUGCUGUUAUAACAGAUAUGCAGAAGUGCCAUAAAAGAAAGCAUUUGCCCAAUGUUGAACAUAGAAUGUGUGCUAGGCAUGUUUUAGCCAAUUGGUCCCAAAAAUACAGAGGCCUAGAGAGGAAGAAUUGCUUCUGGAGGUGUGCAAAGUCAACUUUUGAGUCUCAGCUGAAUGAGAACUUAGACCAAAUGAAACUUUUGGGAGAAGAAUGUCUUGAUAAGUUGAUGUACUACAACCCUGAAAGGUGGAGCAAGGUUUACAUGAAAUAUACCACAAAGUGUGACAUUAUAGACAACAACAUGGCUGAAUGUUUCAACUCUUGGAUCUUGGUUGCAAGGCACAAAUUUGUAAUAACCAUGCUUGAAGAAAUAAGAGUCAAAAUGAUGAAGAGAGUAGGACAGAUGAGGGAGUUUUGUGACAGUUGGAUUCAUGACUUUUCUCCAAUGGCAUUGAAAGUUCUGACAGAGUAUACUGCAAGGUCUAUGAAAUGCAGUAUUGAAUGGAAUUCUGAUACAGGGUAUGAGGUUCUUGAAGGUCAGUUUAGACAUGUUGUGGAUCUGCCUAGACAAACUUGUUCUUGUAGAGCAUGGAUGUUGAAAGGCAUCCCAUGUCCUCAUGCAAUUCUUUGCUCUUCACCACAAGAGGUUGAACCCAAUGGAUUGCAUUUCUCGGUGGUAUUCUAG